AUGGAGCUCCCGAAGGGGGCCAAAAUCACACACGCCGGGUUGCUGCAGCACACACCCGAUGGCAAGACGGAACUGCAGAAGAUCACCCAGGCCGGGUUGGUGGCCCGGUCACCCGAAGGAACCGCCGCCAAGGGCAUGAACAUCCGUGGCAACGAGGAUCUGUGGGUUGAAAUUCAAGCCAACACCUUCAAGAACUGGGUGAACGAGCACUUGCGGGAGUCUGGCCUACAGGUGGUCGAGUUUCAUGAGGACUUUUGUGACGGAACACUACUCUGCGCGCUGGUAGAAGGCUUACAGAAACGCCCGCUCAAACCGAACUGGAACAAACGGCCCGCCAACCAGCAUCACUACCUGGAAAAUGUCACGACGGCGCUGAACGCGAUCGAAGCGGACGGCGUCAAGCUGGUCAACAUCGGCAACGUGGACAUUGUGAAUGGGAAUGUGAAGCUAAUCCUUGGGCUCAUCUGGUCGCUGAUCGUGCGCUACCAGAUCGGUCGAAGUAAGUUCCCACCGCGCAAGUUGAUGCUGGCCUGGUUGCAAGCCGCCUUGCCUGAUUGUAAGGUCAGCAAUCUGACGACGGACUGGAACAGUGGUGUGCUGUUGUCGGCAUUGUUGGACUACUGCGAGCCAGGACUUUUCCCACACUGGCGCACACUCAACCAGCAUGAAUCCGUGCGAAAUUGUGAACGCGCGAUGGGACUCGCAUACGAGCGAUUUGGCAUUCCGAAGGUCCUUGAGCCAGAGUACUUGGCCUCACGGUGGUUGGACGAGUUGUCCGGUAUGACGUAUCUGUCGUACUUCAUGCGCCCUGGAGGUCCUGGGUACAACGCUACAAUGAAGUGGGUCAAUGGGCAGAUCAAGCGACCAGUGACAAACUUCACGACCAACUUCAAUGACGGGCGUGUGUUUUGCGAGAUCAUCAAGGACCUUGGCGGUCAAGUGCCGGAUCCAUCCAAGCUCAGCUCAGACCCGUCCCAGUGGGAAAGCAACCAGCAGAAGGUGAUCGAUGGAGGUCUAAAGCUAGGCGUUAAGCCCGUCCUCGCAGCGAAGGACAUGGCAACAGCCGACGAGGAACAUCUGGGCGUGAUGGCAUACACAACCUGGCUGCGUUGGGUCAUCCCGAGGCCUCCACUUGCCAACAUGCUUGCCGUACACCUGGACAGCACGUCAGGCAGAGUCGGUGAACCGACCGAGUUCCGUGUGGAGGCGUUAUCGCGUGAGGUCGACCUUUCGAAGGUGAAGGCAUACAUCAGCAUGCCCAACACGAACUCGCUCCACCAGGUUCGAUUGGGAUCUCGUGGUGAGGGUACCUUCGUGCCAGACAAGUACGGCAUGCAUGAGAUCGUGCUCGAGAUCGACGACAACCAACUCGGUGGACACUUUUUCCGCGUACUCCCAAGGCUUGUACACGUCGCUCCGCCCGGCAUGGCCCCGUGCGCCCUCGGAAGCCUUGUGGAAGUGCUGGUCAACGCCACCGGGGCGCCCAAAACCGAGGACAUCCUUGUGACCGCCUACAGUCCUUCCGGGCGUCCACUCAAGUGUCCGUUGAAGAAGAUUGAGGAAGGACAUAGUGCCAUUUUCAAGCCGGACGAAGCCGGCGUGUGGGAAAUUGCCAUAACGUACCAGGGGCGUCACAUCCAGGGCGGUCCGUUCACGUGUGCCGUCUUCGACCCGAGUGGCGUGUCCGUGCAUGGUCUUGAUGGUGCCAUGCCUCUACGAGCUCACUCCUUUGAGGUAGAUGCUCGUGGUGUCGGUGUUGCUGGUGAGCUGCACGUCGACAUCGUUCAUGAGAAACGCUCACUUGUCUGCUCGGUCGAACGGCUGCAGGAGAACAAGUACCAGGUCACAUUCAUGCCACGAGCAAAUGGCAAACACCGUGUGUACGUGUACUUCAACGGGUAUGAUGUAAAGGGCUCACCGUUUAUCAUGAAAGUCGGUUCAAAGGGCCGUUCGGGCAAGACACGCACAAGCCCACAUCAGCACGAUGGAAAGCUGCGCUCCGAGAGCCCAUCGUACCAUUUCAACUCGUCCUCGCUGACACGCAAAGCCACUGAUGGGUCAUCGCUUCGGCGGGACAUCUACUCGCCACCGACGGUACCAAAAUCAGGCUCACGUUCGCCGCAGGACUACGAGCACGGGUUUGUCAAGAGCUCCACCAAGGAGACGUACUCGAGCCGGGUUAUGUCACCAGCACGGCAUAGUCCUUCACCCAAACUGCUGUUCCCAACGACCGAGCCCGAUUAUGGUGGAUUCCGGCGGCGCGAUUCUGACGAGCUAAAGAGCCCAGUUCGAGUGCAGGAAAGCGAAAACGGUGGUACCUCGUACGUGAAGACGAUCCGCACGGAAAACCACACGACCAAGACGAUCCGCACGUUGCUCGACUCUGAGUCGAACGGGAACGCAUUCGCUCACAUCCGUGCCAGUCCGGGACUGAAGAGUCCCCAAACGGUCUCAGCAACGUUGUUGGAGUCGCGUGGAGCCACGGCCAGUCCCAAACCGAUCAUUACAUCAACAUCCACAAGCACGAGCAGCACGCGGUACAUCCCGUCGCCAGUAACAGCUGAAGCUCGCGUAGCCAGUCCUUUGCUUUCGGAGAAAACGAACGGUGGCACUUACAAGGUGACGGAGCGUAACUCGACGUACAAGUCAACGGUGACACGUGACGUCGUGCGGGACAGUCCGACGUUCGAACGCGUACUCCGCAGCCCUCCAACGGCUGCUGGGGCCAGUGUCGUGGAUUACUCGUCGAACAUUCGUGUAAAUGCAGGUCCUGGUGGGCAACCAUCGCGUCGAGACAGCUACGACGUAAUCAACAAGACAAAGCACCUGUUCUCACAGAACUCGCUUGAGUCACUUGCGAACCUGACCGAACGGCAGCUCAAUACCGACCUCACAUAUGACCGAUCCACGCUCGACAAUCAAACAGAGAAGAAUACGCACUUCAACAAGUUCUCGCUGGCCAGUGAACGUCGGCCGGUGAUUGAGGAUGAGGGCCUUUACCGGGCCGGUGGUUACCUGAAGAACUACCGCACGGAAUCGAACGAAAAGUUCGAGCGGUUCAGCUCUUCGCAAGGGUUGAAGGGUGGCUUCGAACCGAUCGGGCGUGAUGUCAGUGGAGCUCGAGCCAUCCGCGUCCAGGACAUCCCAGACGGAGUGCUUGGUCGACCGGUAGAGUUCGAGAUUGAUGGAUCACAGGCCGGCUCGGGAAACUUGGAAAUCCUCGUCAAUGGUGGGCGUGUGACGUCGGCGGUUCGAGCUCUUGGGAAUCAGCGAUUUGUCGCUAGCUUCACACCGCACGAGUCCGGCACACACACCGUGCAGAUCACCUUCAAUGAGGAGACCGUACCCGGGUCACCUUGGAAUAUCAACAUAAUGUCGUCACCAGGGCUCACGGCUCUCGGUGAGUCCACGCGGUUGGUGCCGGCGAACUUGCCGGCGGUUUUUGAGGUCCUGCCACCCCCGGGUGCCUCGAUCCGGGGUGGUGACUGCGUCGCAACUGUCCUGUCCCCGAGCAAGGCGAAGGUGUCCGCCCGGGUGGCACACGAAUCGGCGAACGGUGCGUUGCGGAUCGAGUUCGUCCCGUCGGAGGUUGGCACGCACAUUGUCGAGGCGUCGAUCGGUGGCACCACGCUCGUUGGUGGACCACUCAUCGCGAAGGUGUAUGAUUCGAGCCUGAUCCAGGUGACGGACGUGAAUGGAGGUGUCGUCGGACAACCGUGCCAAUUCCGUGUCGAUGCGAGUGCCGCCGGUGAAGGACAGCUCGAGAUCUCGAUUAAUGAGGGCGAGGUGCCAAAUCACGUGCAGGUCGUCGGUGGUGGUCGCUGUUUGGUGUCGUUCACACCCGAGCAAGCUAAACCGCAUCUGAUCGACAUCAAGUUCAAUGGGGAAACCGUGAUUGGAUGUCCGUUCGUGUGCUCGGUAGCUGACACCAGCCGCGUUCUGCUGAACCUAGCCAAUCUCGAGCUGAUCCCGGUGAACCGGCCUGCGUCGUUUCACAUCACCGUUAGUGGUGGUGGUGCAGCUGAGCUGGCUGUGAGUGUUCGUGGACCACAGGGUGAACUUCCGGUGCGUGUAACCGGUGACAUCCACGCUGGUUUUACGGCUGAAUUUACGCCCAAUCACGUGGGAGCGCACACGAUCAACGUCGAGUACAACGGGUACCCAGUUCAGGGUACUCCGUUCGUGGCCAAAUCAUACGAUGCCACUAAAGUAGCCGUAGGCUCCGUGUCAAAGGGCACAGUUGGCCGACCGGUGCAGUUCACCGUUGAUGCGGGUGACGCCGGCGAGGGGAACCUUGAGAUUACGAUCUCCGCCAAGGGUCACAACAUCCCCACGCAGGUGCACCCGCAAGGCAAUGCCAAAUUUGCCGUCUCAUUUGUCCCAGCUGAACCGUGCGAGCACGUCAUCAAUGUAUCGUUCAACAAAAUGCUCGUGCCCGGUUGCCCGAUCACCGUCAUCAUCAAUGGCGGAACUACUGGACCGCAGGUGUCCUUGGGCGGUCCAGGACCGCUCCAUAUGCCCAACUCACUGGUCAUCAACCACGCCGGAGGCCGCCUGGAAGACAUCGAGGUGAACGUCGAAGGCCCCUCCGGUCACUCGGUACCGGCACAAGUCUUACAGACGGCCGAUGGCGUGUUUAAGGCCGAGUUUGUGCCACGUGUCGUCGGUGAACAUCGAGUCAGCGUUACCGUCGAGGGACAACCGACCGUCGGCAGCCCGUACUCCGCGAAGGUCUACGAUGUCACCGCGAUCAAGGUGAAGAACGUCAACAAUGGCACCGUCGGUAAGCCGGUGGUGUUCUUGGUGGAAACGUCCCAGGCCGGACCAGGCAACCUAGAAGUGACGGUCAAUGGAGGGCGCGUACCAACGUCAGCCCAGGCGCAGGGUCAACACACUUACGCGAUCAGCUUCACGCCCCGUGAGGCACAGAACCACACGGUCGAGCUGCGUUUCAACGGACAGGACGUGCCGGGUAGUCCGUUCACCUGUAAGGUCUCACCAGCAGCUCGCAUCGUCAGUGGAGACCUCACGGAUAAGGUGAGCGUUGGUCACACGUUUGACUUCGUCGUCGAGUCUGAUAUCGCACCCGUCGUGGAGGUCCUUGGUCCUGCCAGGCGUCCAGUACGCGCUGACAUCGUCCCAGCCGCUCCAACUGGGUUCCGCGUGAAAUUCGAACCAGUAGAAGUUGGUGAUCAUUCGGUGGAAGUACGUCUCCCAGGCAGUGGCCACGUCGAGGGUAGUCCGUUCCUGCUGAAGGCGUACUCCGCCGAGAAGGUCGUUGUCACCGACAUUCGACCGGGCGUUGUCGGCAAGAGCGUCAGUUUUGGCAUCAACGCAAGUCAGGCAGGAGCCGGCAACCUCGAGAUCAUUGUUGCCGUUGGUGGCAAAAACGUACCGAAUUUCGUCCAGUCAGAGGGCAAUGCACGAUUCAAAGUGAACUUUAAACCCACCGAACCAGCCACCCACUCGCUGUCGGUGCGUUUCAAUGGAUAUCCGGUGCCAGGAUCACCCUUUGCCUGUCACGUCACUCACGCGCCAGUGUCCCUCUCGAAGGCGGUUGCGACUGGCGAAUGUCUGCGACAGGCCCCGGUCAAGUGUGACAGUGCAUUCGAGCUAGAGGGCUUCGAUGGGAUCGAUCCGCAGGUGUUGAUCACCUCACCAGCAGGUGAUACCGUGCCCUCUCGAGUAGCCUACCGAGAUGACGUCCAUCUGGUGUCCUUUGUGCCGACUUCCGUCGGGCGGCAUCUAAUCAGCGUGACGGCGAAUGAUCAGCACAUCACCGGAUCGCCGUUCUCCUGCAACGUGUUUGACGUGUCGCGGGUUUCGAUCAGUGGUCUUGAUGCACGUACCACCAUGGCCUCGUUGGGUGUUCCAUUAACGUUCAGCGUUGAUGCAGCAGGUGCCGGUGAGGGCACACUAGAGCUGGUUGUUUCAACGGCCACCUCCACGGUGAAGGCUGAAGUGACGGCGUGCGCUCGUGGGUUGUACGACGUCACGUUCAUCCCACAGAGCUGUGAGCCACACUUUGUUAACAUCACGUUCAAUGAUCUGCCCGUCGAUGGCAGCCCGUUCCGGUGUGAAGUUCAGCAACACACGCAGCAUGUGCAGGUCGGCAAUGUGACACUUAUCGAGCUGGUCGCUGAAGAUCAGACGGUGGAGAUUUUCGACCCCGAAUCGAAGCUGGUUCCGUUCACGCUUUCACGCAAAGCUGCUGAGUUCCGUGCGUCCAAAAUCGGCCAGUAUGUGGUGCGAUACAUCGAUCAGGAGACGCGCGCAUUCAUUGCAGCUCGCACGAUCAACGUUUUCGAUCCGUCGAUGGUGAAGAUCGUCGAGGUGGGUGAAGCGUACUGUCACAAACCAGCCUCACUCGUUGUGUCUAGUAAUGAUGCCGGUCAGGGCACGCUUACGUCGAUGGUACGCUGCGGAGGUCUAGAGGUUCCACAUUCGAUCCGUAGCACGACCAAUAGCGGCCUCUGGGAGAUCGUGUACCAUCCAUCGCGCGUCGCACCGCACAAGAUAACGAUCCUGUACAAUCAGGUGCCGAUCUCGAACAAGGCCAUCGAAAUCAACGUCCUAGCGCCGGCGAUGAGCAAGGAGAUCACCGUGAACGGGCUGGGAUUGUACCAGGCACGUGUCGGUAAAACGACUUCUUUCGCGAUUGAUACCGUGGGUCAUCCGGCUCGGGAGUUCGAUGUGGUCGUAUCAGGCCCGGGAGGUCAGGCGCUACCGGUACGCUGCUACCAGACCAAGGGUGGCCAUCUGCAAGCCGAGUUCAACGUGCAGAAAGUGGGUCAAUGUUUGAUUGAUGUACUCCACCAAUCGAAACCAUUGAUGGGCAGCCCGUACACGUGUGAGUCGUACGAUCCGACAAAGAUCCAGCUGCAGAAGGUCCCGAAGAUGAACCUGUGCGCCAACUCACCCAUCACGUGGAUCGUGCAAUCUGAAUCAGCGGGUGUAGCGGAAAUCGAAGUAACCGUAUUGUCUCCGAGUGGCCAAAACGUCCCAGUAAAGCUGAUGCAACAGGACGAUUACGAGCACGCGAUCGAGUUCGUACCGUUGGGAGCCGGUCACUAUAAAGCCACGAUCAUGUACGGUGGUGAAACCGUCCCGAGUUCACCCAUCACCUUCGCUGUACAAUCGGCUGGAGGUAAAAGUGACAGCCAUGCGUCCGGAAACGGUCUCGAGGUAGCACACCGCGGUAAAGAGACCUCGUUCGUAGUGUUCUGUCCUACGGCGCCAAACGUGCAGAUCGAACGCACUGAUGAGCAAGCGGAACGGAUCGAACCACGCAUCAAGAGCAUGGGCAACAACCAGUGGAAGAUCUACUACACGAUCCUGUCGGUGGGUCAGUACGAGAUCCGAGCGAGCUGCACCAACCGUGGCCCACUGCCUGGGUCUCCGUGGAACAUUUCGUGUCUCGAUCCGGCUAAGGUGGUUCCAGUCGGUGGCUGGGGAUCGCUUUUGGAUGGCUCCGGUAAGCUGGUGCUACCCAGCAAGAUCGUUUUCGACACGACCCUGGCCGGUCCGGGCGAACUGACUUGUUACGUAAACGAUGCCGAAGUAACGGUUGAGAAGCAGUCUGGUGGUAAAAGUGUCCUCUUCCUAUCAGACGACGGACUCUCGAAGGGUGAGCACACAUUUGACCUCACGUGGUCAGGACUCCCCAUCUCACAGAGCCCUGGAUUCGUGUACGUAACCGGCAUGACGAUCGGUUCGGAUCGCGUUGUCCUGACAGGACGUGGUCUCACCACAGCACAGGUUGGUGAGGUGUCACAUUUCACGAUCGAUGCCACGGACGCGUUGUCGGGUAAACCGGAAGUGCACAUGGCGUAUGAUGAUGGAGAACCGCUUCCGGUCACACUACUGCAACCACGCCCCACCGAGCUUGUGUGGUUGGCAUCCUACAAUCCGCACAAAUCCACCGGUGGUCCACUUAGCCUCGAGGUGGAAUGGAACGGACGCAUCAUCAAGGGUUGUCCACUCACGAUCCCAGUUGGACCAGCUGUGGACGCUGCAAAGGUACUCUGCUCGGGUGAAGGCCUUCGGAAUGGAGUUGUUGGGCGUGAGAUCAAGUCAUGGAUCGACACACGCCGUGCUGGUCCGGGCGAACUGACGGCACAUUGUGCUGGCCCACGGAAGGUUGCCUACUGCGAGCUGUACGAUCACGGAGACGCCACGUUCACGCUCAACGUGAAGCCACAAGAACCUGGCAGGCAUUCACUCACGAUUAAAUACGGUGGACAACACGUGCCUGGGUCUCCGUACACGUUGCGGGUUGUUGGAGCACCCGACGCUAGCAAAGUGCGUGUGUACGGACCGGGAAUUGAACAUGGCGUCCUGGCGACGUUCCAGUCACGAUUUAUCGUGGAUACACGAGGCGCCGGAGCAGGACAGCUGACGGUGCGAGUACGCGGACCGAAGGGAGCCUUCCGAGUGGAGAUGCAGCGUGAAAGCCAGAAGGACCGAACCAUCCUGUGCAAGUACGAUCCCACCGAACCAGGCGACUACCGAGUGGAGGUAAAGUGGGCCGGUGAGCUGGUGCCCGGUUCACCCUUCCCCGUGCUUAUCUUCGACACGCAGGAGGAGCUGAAACGAUUUCUACACGGAAACUGACGGCCAACUGGCCAGGAACGACACGAGUCGAAGCUCGCACUCACUUAACAUAGCACAAAUGGCACCAACAGGGUUGCAUUAAAGAGGAGAAUGAGCUGUUGAAAUUGCAAAUUGUUAAUGUAGAAGGCAGACACUGAGGGCCACGGUUUCCUUCUAUGGAAAGCCACUUUGCGAGACGAAAAGGGCGCCGGAAACGCCGGCCGUUGUUAAUUUUAAAUGAUUAAGUUUUACAGCGCGCAUCGAAUAGAAGUUUAAUGGACACCUUCCCAUACGCACCAGAGUAUGAUGGGCUAACAUUUAGUGGCUAACGGGUUAGGGGUGCGACCACGCACCAAUAAACGCUCUAACGAAUGCCGAAUCGUGCGAAACCGGCCUCACCGAGGCGGAAUUCGCAUUAUUUGAUUGUUAAUGUAUAAAUUGCUGCAACGAAGGACGAAGCGCGAGAACUAAAUGAAUGAUUAAUAAACGAAUCUUGUUACAUAAUAGCAACUAGGGAAAGUAUUUCACGGAAAUUUUGUUAGCUUUUUGAAUAGGAUGCAACUAAGAGAAUGAUUGAAAAUGUAACUGAAACGAAACAUAUGCAGCCUGCAUUACAGGGGAUAAGGCUGCGUUCGGAGAAAUGUUUCAAUGUAAUGUGAAAUAUUUCACCUUUGUAACUGUGGAUACAAAUGAUAUUUUAAACUUUUAUUGCCAUUGUUAUAUGGAUCUUUGUUUCCACCAUUUCAUUUACACCGCAAGUGUUAACCAAAAGUUAUGCUCCACAUGACAAUAUCUUAAAAACAAAGUUAUAGUAUGCUGUAUUGUAUAAUUUGACUACGAUAUUGUUCAUCGUGUCAGCAACAAUAUGCAGUUCCUUGCUUCGAUUGACUACAAUCCAAGAAUGCGUAAUUACAAU